AUGGCUGGAACGGGACUGAUCGUAAUUACGAAUCCCGUUCACCUGGCGCGCGCAAACCUCGCGAAACUUCUUUCUCUCGCUGCAAACCGGAUUUCCAAGCGAGUGUACGUCAAAUUGGAGCCAGAAUUGCAAACCCUGUGGCCCUUGACUUAUCGUUGCCCUUGGACUCUCAACUCCGGCAAUUGUUCCAAAUACGGGAAAGUUGUUACCGAAAUAUAUUUCAACGGGCUCAGAUCCUCGAGUUCGUUGGACGUGAGGGUAUUGAUCGGAAACCUGAAGCAAAAGGACUACAACAUUCACACCAAAUCUCCGGUGGAGGUGGUUUUCUUCGACACAGCGUUUAGUCAGGAUGAGAUGAAUGCUUAUGUGAAUCAUUAUGUUCCGAAUCGGUCUCCGGGCUGUGCUUGGGCAUCUUUUAGUGGAUUAUCUCCGGAGUCGGAAUUAGCGUUGAGGGAUCUAGAAGGACCAGCUUGGAAUGACUUGCCGAUUGUCCCUGAUGAAAGGACAGCGAAGUGUAGUUCGUUUGAGUUAAACACUAUGGUGGAUCAUUCAGUUCUUGGUGGGACUUUCGAUAGACUGCAUUCCGGACAUAAGGUGCUACUUUCUGAUGCCGUUAUGAGGACCAAAAAGCAUCUAACUGUCGGGGUGACUGAUGGACCUUUGAUUAGGUCCAAGAAAUUAAAGGAGCUCAUUGAACCAUGCUUGGAUCGUAUGCAGCAUGUGAGAGAUUUCCUGGAAGACAUUGACCCAUCCCUCACUUACAGCGUCGUUCCUAUUGUGGAUCCAAUGGGACCUACAAAAACUGAUACAACUAUGAAUGCUAUAGUUGUCAGUGAAGAAACACUGAAAGGUGGUGAAUUGAUUAACGAAUAUCGGGAGAGAAACGGGCUCGGAAAAUUGAUCAUUCACUGCGUCGGUCUUCUGCCGGAAGAGAUGCGGGAAAGUUCAGAAGAAGAAGAUAAGGUUUCUUCAUCUUCGCGAAGAAUGCGAUUGCUGGGAACUAGGCUCAAUACACCAAAAAUACCGUCAGCUUUACCGUACGUCGUCGGAUUAACGGGAGGAAUUUGUAGUGGGAAAUCCUCCAUUUGUAAACGUUUGGAGAAAUUGGGUGCAGCUGUAAUAGAUUGUGACAAGCUUGGCCAUGAAGCGUACAAACCGGGCUCGUCGUGUUACCAAAAAGUAAUCGAAGCAUUCGGCGAGGAUAUCGUGACCGCUGAUGAAAUGAUUGAUCGUAGGGCAUUGGGAAGAAAGGUUUUUGGAAAUCCGGAAAUGCUGAAAACGCUGACUGGAAUUGUGUGGCCUGAAAUCAGGGCGGAAGCUGUGCGUUUGAUUGCGGUGCAUCGGGAUGCGGGUCAUGAUGUUGUGGUGUUGGAUGCAGCCGUGUUGGUGGAAGCUGGUUGGACAGACUUGUGUCAUGAAGUCUGGGUGUCGAUUAUACCUGAAAACGAAAGGAGAUUGCAAAGAAAACCAUUGGACUCAGAAUGGUGUGCCCUCGCAAAAAAGCAGUUGAAAGGAAAAGAUCCUGCUGCAACAUUGACAUGGCACACAACUGAGGGAAUUGACAUUAAGCCCUUGUACACGCCGGAUGACGUUGCUGGGCUUGAGAAGGAACUUCCGGGUCGUUUUCCUUACACCCGUGGUCCGUAUCCAACGAUGUAUUCUCAGAGACCCUGGACAAUUCGCCAAUACGCGGGAUUUUCCACUGUUGAGGAAAGCAACCGGUUUUAUAAGGAAAAUUUGAAAGCCGGUCAGCAAGGUUUGAGUGUCGCGUUUGAUUUGGCAACCCAUCGUGGGUACGAUUCCGAUGACGCACGUGUUCACGGUGACGUUGGAAUGGCCGGUGUCGCCGUCGACAGCGUUGAAGAUAUGAAAGCUCUUUUCGACGGGAUCCCAUUGGGGAAAAUUUCCGUGUCGAUGACGAUGAAUGGAGCCGUCAUUCCGGUUCUCGCCAUGUUCAUUGUCGCUGGGGAAGAACAAGGAGUGAAGAUUGCAGAUCUUUCUGGUACAAUACAGAAUGAUAUUCUGAAGGAGUUCAUGGUCCGAAACACCUACAUUUACCCUCCAGAUCCUUCCAUGAAAAUUAUUGGAGAUAUUUUCAGCUACGUAUCCUCUAACAUGCCGAAAUUCAAUUCCAUCAGUAUUUCCGGCUAUCACAUGCAAGAGGCUGGUGCGACUGCGGUUUUGGAAGCUGCCUUCACUCUAGCUGAUGGAUUGGAAUAUUGUAAAACUGGAGUUAAAUCAGGCUUACCAAUUGACCAGUUUGCCCCACGUCUGUCGUUCUUCUGGGGUGUUGGCAUGAACUUUUAUAUGGAAAUCGCCAAGAUGCGAGCUGCCAGACGCUUGUGGGCUGUAAAACUGGAGUUAAAUCAGGCUUACCAAUUGACCAGUUUGCCCCACAUCAUCGAUCCGUGGGCUGGUUCAUAUGCGAUGGAAUCCCUCACCCAAGAAAUUUAUGAUUCUGCUGCGAACAUAAUGGCAGAAGUGGAGGAACUUGGUGGAAUGGCGAAAGCUGUCGCGUCUGGCUACCCGAAAUUGAAGAUUGAAGAAUGUGCUGCCCGUCGCCAAGCUCUUAUUGAUUCCGGAAAAGAAGUAAUUGUGGGUGUGAACAAGUACCGUUUGGAGAAGGAAGACCCAGUUGAAGUUCUUGUCAUCGAUAACACCAAAGUGCGAGCGUCACAAAUCGAAAAGCUUGAACAAAUUAAGAAAAGCCGUGACAAGAAUCGUGCGGAAGCAGCUUUGAAAGCUCUCGAAGAAAGUGCAAGAACUGGGCAAGGAAAUUUGCUUGGUUUGGCUGUUGAAGCAUCUCGCGCUCGCUGCACUGUUGGUGAAAUUUCAAUGGCAAUGGAGAAAGCAUUUGGACGACACGUUGCAAAAGUUCAGCUCGUUUCCGGAGCCUACAAAUCUGAAUAUGGCUCGAAAGGGGACCUGGAGAAGGUUGUCGAAAGCAUCAACAAAUUUGUUGGUCUUGAAGGACGUCGUCCGCGUAUCCUUGUUGCGAAGAUGGGUCAAGAUGGUCACGAUCGCGGGGCAAAGGUCAUCGCGACUGGAUUCGCCGACGUGGGAUUCGACGUUGACGUCGGCCCACUUUUCCAAACCCCGCAAGAAGUCGCCCAGCAAGCCGUGGAUGCAGAUGUGCACGUUGUUGGAGCGUCUUCUCAGGCUGCUGGUCACAAGACCUUGAUUCCAGAGCUGGUGCAAGCACUGAAGAAGCUUGGACGUCCCGACAUCAUGGUUGUGUGUGGUGGCGUCAUCCCCCCGCAAGACUACGACUUCUUGUACAAAGCUGGCGUGUCGUUCAUCUUCGGCCCAGACUACGACUUCUUGUACAAAGCUGGCGUGUCGUUCAUCUUCGGCCCAGGCACCAAAAUUCCGGUAGCUGCUACCGAGGUGGUUGAAGCGCUGACGAAGAAAAUUGGCAAGCGUCAGGCCAAUUGAGAAAUAUAAUGCGGAUUCUCGUGGACAAAAGAAGGGAGAUUCAGCGGAGAGUGUGUUAUGAGUUUAAAUCAAAAUGCAACCCUCUUACUCCUUUGUCUAUCUCUUGUACAAAUGUGUCCGUGCGAAUCUCUCAAGCGUCCAUACUCCGAAGACAUGAUUGCCGUGAUGUGGGAAAGGAACUCGUUCGAACUGAACCUUGAGGUUUAAUUUUUUUGCUAUUCGUUCAAGUGCAAUGCAUACCUUGGUUGACUUAAUGAUUUCAACAUUGUUACUAAUUAAGCUUCCUAGUCAAACGUUGUUGGAGAGGUGAUAUAUGGGUUAUCAGACUGAAUGCUCGUAAUAUGGUGACUUUUUUCCGUG